GAAGCACCCAUUGGGCUGUCAGAGUGUGACGCGGCAGGUCGCACUACCCACUGCAUUGACACACACGUAGUGAUAGCCACUCACACACACUCAGAGGUGCCACUCAACGCGUGCAUCGAAUCAUCGUUCACCCCACGGAGCUGUGACUGGGCUAACAACGAAUUCCUGUCCUCCAUUCGUAAAGGAAUGGCCCAGACUUCUCCACUCGGAACAAUGAAAGCAACAACAAUAUUCAUACUAUUAUUAAUUGGAACGGUGGUCGCUAACAGCGUGAAGGUUGAGAAUGGCUCGGAGUCCGAAGUUCGGCGCAAAGGAAGAACACCACGUGAAUUUAUGGUCGUCACCCCAGAGAAAGUGAACGCCGUAGCAGGCAGCAAGAUUCUUCUGCCCUGCUCCUACACCUGUACAAUCAGCGGUGUUACCCACACGCUGGUGGAGUGGUUCAGGAGGGAUGGACGUGAAGAAGAGAGGAUUUAUAAAUUCCCCAAUGGAGAUGAAUGGCCUUUACACGCCACCUGGAUGGGUGAUGUGUCCAAGUGCGACGCCUCCAUCACCGUCAGUGACAUCAAGACUAACGACUCUGGGCGAUAUCGCUGUGAGGUCACGGUGUAUCCACAAAAGAAGCACGACAUUGGAUAUCUACAGUUGAAUGUCAACAGUCCAUCAGAACUCGCGGUUGUGACCCCGGAUAAAAUGGACGCCAUGGCAGGCACUACAUUUCUGCUGCCCUGCUCCUACAGCUGUACAAUCAGCGGCGUUACCCACACGCUGGUGGAGUGGUUAAGGAUCAUCGACGGGCGAGAAGAGAGGAUUUAUCAAUACCCCGAUGGAGAGAGCAGCCACUGGCCUUUACAGGCCACCUCGGUGGGUGAUGUGUCCAAGUGUGACGCCUCCAUCACCGUCAGCGACAUCCAGACCCACGACUCUGGGCGAUAUCGCUGUGAGGUGAUGGUGUUUCCACAAAACAUGCCAGACAUUGGGUAUCUACAGCUGACUGUCCACCCACGAACAGAGCUGGCCGUUGUCACCCCAGAUGCAAAGGACGCCACAGUAGGCAGCACGGCUCUCCUGCCCUGCUCUUACACCUGCAACAUCACGGGUAUUAAUCACACCCUGGUGGAGUGGUUCAGGACCAUAGGCGGACACGAUGAGAAGGUGUAUAAGAUCAUAUACAGAAAGAGAAGCCUCCGGCCGAUGCAGGUGACUUGGGUGGGUGAUGAGUCCACGUGUAACGCCUCCAUCACCAUCAGCGGCAUCCAGACCCACGACGCUGGACGACAUCGCUGUGAGGUCACGAUUUAUCGAUACGACAAGCCAAGCAUGAAAGACAUCGGGUAUCUGCAGCUGAAUGUUCACAAUGAACCAGAACCGAGAGACUCAACACCCACGCCAACCCCAGCUCCAGCUCCAGCUUCAUCACCUGCAGCUGGCAUCGUCCUUGGAGUCAUUGUUGCUCUUCUGGUUAUUGUUGCUGGAGUUGUUUUUUACUGCAGGAGGAGGAUGAGACUAUGUCAGACACGAGAACCAGAAGCCCCGCCUCAAGAAAUGCAGCCAAUGAACCCAAUUGGAUAAGACGAAGUGAGAGCGAGAGAGGGGCACGUGCAAGACGCUACGAAUCACGUGGCCAGGAUAGGGUAAACAACUUGGAGGAAGUGCCGGGUGAAGCUUGUGCGGGGCCUAUAGCAUAUUAUGUUAUAAAGGGGCCCUACAUUUUUUGCAAAAAAACACGUCAAUAUUCAAACAUACAUUUUUAACUUGCACAUUAAAUUAAUUGUAUUUUUUCAGUUGCUAUACAGCCAGAUAAUACGACAAAUCGCUAACCUUAAACACCCAGUCGUUCAUAAAAGUUGAAGGUGGUAUAGUACUAUAGUAAUAGAGCAAGUGCAAAAUCACUGAACCGGAAUUGAUAGCUUGAAAGCAUUUAGCGCGGGGCCCUUAAAAGUGCGGGGCCCGUAGCAUUUGCUACUUUUGCUACUACAAUAAUAAGACACUGAUAAUUAGCAUGUGAUACUUUUGCCACUAGGAUAAUCCGGCACUGCUUGGAGGUUGUGAAUGUGAGUAGGAUGGUCCAGACUGUCUGGGAAGAGAAGGGAGUGCUCAACAAAUUGCUUAAAUUCGGGCUCGCAGCUCGAGUCAAUAAUACUUUUUAAUGUUUUGCUGAAUGAUCGAUUCUUCUGUUAUGAUGUUUUAAAGCAAUAUAAUUACAAGCAGUAAUUAGGCUUGGUUUGGUCUUCAUAGAACUUACUUUGUUUUAGAAAAUGUAUAAUGACUGGGGAAGCCCACCCCAGAAUGAGCGCGAUAUUUCAGUGGCACACUGUGCGCGUGUGUGUGUGCUGAGUGGACUUGCCGAUGAACGUAACCAGCGGUGUCAAGAUCGGCCUCUUUGACGGAGGUUCGUGAAGGAUGUUGCUGAGCAGCUGGAGGCAGUCGCCCUCCAACAACAACGGAGGGCAGAGCAGGCGGAUAUGUGGUGCCACAGCAACGGAGCAACUCCACCAGCGCCGCUAUCUCCUUGCACCCCUCCACACGAACGCACCCACACCCCCACUAAACACACAACACGCACCCACGUAGGGUCUCGUGGGGGGGUCACCUGGUACCAUGGGUUUUUACCCGAGGGGCCCCUAGCGGGGAUGCCCCACGGUUUCCCGGUGCCAGGAGAUUGGCUGACCCCUUCCAGGCCAAAUUGCAUUGUGGCUCCCUUGAAUUGGCUUAAAAUUGUAUGGGCGCGAAGAAGCUCACCGGGCUAACCACAAUGAGACACUCACAACACGGGGGAGGGGCCAGGGGGGGAAAUAUUACGCGGGCAGCGCAGACGAGGAGGUGGGAGGGAAAUUCCUGGACCUGCUGCAGAUUGUGUAUUCCGCGGGACGGCCACCCCGACCAAACCGGUUGCGGCCGGGGUGGGGAGGACAGGUGCGUAGGCAAUGGGUUAAGGCGCACCGGAGAGUAACGCUCCAGGUAAGGGCGGGGCAUCGGUUUAAAAUCGAAAGGUAGGCACCCGAUUGGCCGGGCAGGAUAACACCACAUGACCCUGGAUCUUAGGAUUCCGAGGGCAUAAAAGGAGGGAGCGGAAAAACGUUAGGAAGUUCUCCUCCAGCCGUUCAGCCGCCCGGCCCGACUCCCAGCCGCUCGCAGCGUCCGAGAGAUGCUAGCGAGUUCCAAUACGACUCGACCCCAGGCAGAAACCUCUCGGAUCAUCGUGCCUCCGACUCCCACAGCGUCCGUGCGACACCGUGAGUGCAUCUGCGAGGUGAUAAGUAGAGUGGGGGUACACCCAGGGAUUGAAAAAGGAUAGGCUAGGCGCUGCUCGCAGAAUAUUUACUCCAGGCCGCACAGGGUUUUCUGUAGACGCGCCAUUAAUAAACUUCUGUUCAGAA